AACAUUCUCAGCCUGGUCCCUGCCAUUUUGUUUUCCGUCCUCACCUCUGUGGAGGGUGUGUAGGCAGCACCUCCUUCGCUCUCUCCCCACUUUGUCUCUGUCUGUCUCUCAGGAGGGCAGUUUUUGCAGGGGGUGCUCUGUUGUAGUCCUUUGCUACACCCGGUCUUCCCAGUGGCCUCCAACCUUUACAGCUCCACUUAGGCUGGGUUAUCCGUGGCUGGGCAGCCAUGAGCUGAGACCCAGGCCCAGCAGGGCAAGUCACCUCUCGGUAUCUCUCAUAGUCCUGGCCAGUGCUUAGGGAGAAGUUGAGAGAAGCCCCUUCUCCCUCUGGCCUUUCUUUAACAAACAAGUGGAACUUCCUUAAACGGGUUAGUUUGCUCGUUCCCUUUUUUUUUUUGUAAGUGGGCUUUAUAAUAAGGCUGGUGUGUGGUGCCUUUUCACUUUUUUUCCCCUCCUCUAGUUUCCCCUUCCCCUAAAGAAAAUCAACCACCAGAUUUUUUUUUUAUUAUUCGAAGAAGUACAGAAUAGGUGCUUCCCUCCUGUUCCUCAAACUCCCCUUCCCCCUCUUUCAGACUCGUAUCUGUUGCUUCACCCUGGCUUGACGACUCUUGUCGGCGCCUUCCCAAGCAGGAAGAAAGGCUGAAUCUGAAAACUAAACAUUUUCCAAACACCAAAUUUUAGCAUCAGGCUCGAACUGUGUUCAUUUCUUCCGGAGGGAUAAUGCUGGCUCGGUCUUGAGGAUAUAAAUGGACUGAUGAAGUUAGUGAUAUUUGCCGUAAAAGAAAUAAGAUGGCUUCUAACCCACCCUUUCACGUAAAAACAAACUGUACCACUCGUUUGUCCCCCCCCCUCCCCUUUGCCCCUUUCUUUAUGAAAUGGUGUGGGAGCAGCUGUGUGACUCUGCAGCGGCUGUUGGAUUGGCCGUAGGAUGGAGCCGCUGGAGUCGGCUGCUGUGUUGCUCCUCUCGCCGGUUACAAGCCAUCUUAUUCCGUGCCUGAGGGGGGAAGAGCGGGGGAAGAGUGCGAGGGUGCUGCCGGCCCCCCCCUGCUCUCUCGCUCGAAACCCCGCGCGCCGGCUUAGGACCCGUGGAGUGCCCGCGCGCGAAGAGCUGUCUGCCUGGCGACACCGGCCAGGCGCUGGUCAGGGCUAAGCCCUCUGGCUCAGCCAGGCCUGAACUCGGGGGACACCUCUGCCCAGAGAUUCCCCUUCCAGCCCCGUUUCCCAGCCCUCCACACCAGCACUGCCCCUCUGUUGGGAAGACGGCCACCGUUUAUAGAGCUGCUGGCCUGUGUGUCGCUGUGGAAAGAGUGAGGCUGUCGGUCUGAACUGGAAACCUCAGUCAGGCCCGUGUCCCCUUCACCUAGGUUCCCCGGCUGUUGCCUCCUGCUGUGCCAGGCACACAGCUCGCACUUGGCACUCCACUGCACGCUGCAGUCGCUGGGAUAGUAAGAGAGAACGCGCGCGCAGCACAAGCGUUGACCUCUUUAUUUCAGAGCUGUGGAGGCUUCUAGAUACAGAAAUUAAAUGCAAGAUUUUUUUUUCUAUCCAUUGGCCAGGAUUCAGGAAAGCAGGACAGGAAAAAGAGUGAGGUAUAAAGCACAAAAGCUAAAAACAAACAAACAAAAAAAAAAGAAUGAUUUUUAAUUUUUUUUCUGUUUCUUUCCCAGUCCACGAUGAUUAUUCUUUCUGAUUACCUGUGAUCAGUUCAUUUGGUGAAGAUCAAGCCAGUUAGCCCCCCUUCUAUUUUUCAGACCAACCAAGUCGACACAUUCAGGUUUUUUUUUUUGUUAUGUAGAAUUUAAAUUCAGAACAAACCAAAGCCUUUCUUCUCUCAUGGUCCUUUUCUGAGCAUCGCCCCCAUUUCCCCCCCAAAAAAAAUUGAAAACCAAACUUAACCUGCAUGAUUGGAAACUAAAAACAGGCUGAUUUUUUUUUUUGGUUCUUGUGGAAUUAGGCUAGUGGCUUCAGUGUUUUUUUUUUUUUGUCGUUUGUUUCCAUAAAAAGAGAAUGUACUGUUUGCAGACUUUUACUAACGCUCUUGUUUUCUUAUUUUGUCUCUUUUGGUUUUUACCACUGAUAUUGUUAUUUAGAAGGUUUCAGGUGGGUGACUAUUCCUGCGUAGGUGCCUCGCGGAAAGGAACGCUAGGGCAGCAUCAGUCCUCACCUCCUCUUCCAGCCUCGGCCGCCCUCGACAAAGUCGAAAAAUAUGGCCUGUUACCUGAAAGCCAUAGAAACCCAGCCCAACUUUGCGGUGGCUUGGAGUAAUCUGGGCUGCGUGUUCAAUGCCCAGGGGGAGAUCUGGCUGGCCAUUCACCACUUUGAGAAGGCUGUCACUCUGGAUCCCAAUUUCCUGGAUGCUUAUAUUAACUUGGGCAACGUGCUGAAAGAGGCUCGUAUCUUUGACAGGGCUGUGGCGGCCUACCUGCGUGCGCUGAGCCUGAGCCCCAACCAUGCCGUGGUGCAUGGGAACCUGGCGUGCGUGUACUACGAGCAGGGCCUGAUUGACCUGGCCAUCGACACCUACCGUCGCGCCAUUGAGCUGCAGCCUCACUUCCCGGAUGCCUACUGCAACCUUGCUAACGCGCUGAAGGAGAAGGGCAAUGUAAGGAAAUCCACAGAGAGCGUGUCGGAGGCAGAGGAGUGCUACAACACAGCUCUCAGGCUGUGCCCGACGCAUGCAGACUCCCUCAACAAUCUGGCCAACAUCAAGAGGGAACAAGGCAGCAUCGAGGAGGCUGUCCAGCUCUACAGGAAGGCCCUGGAGGUGUUCCCAGAAUUUGCAGCGGCCCAUUCCAACCUGGCCAGUGUCCUGCAGCAGCAGGGAAAACUGCAGGAGGCCCUCAUGCACUACAAGGAGGCCAUCAGGAUCAGCCCUACCUUUGCUGACGCAUACUCCAACAUGGGGAACACGCUGAAAGAGAUGCAGGACGUACAGGGGGCUCUGCAGUGCUACACACGAGCUAUCCAGAUCAACCCUGCUUUCGCGGAUGCACACAGCAACCUGGCCUCCAUCCACAAGGACUCUGGAAAUAUUCCAGAAGCAAUUGCAUCUUACCGCACUGCUCUAAAGCUGAAGCCGGACUUCCCUGAUGCUUACUGCAACUUGGCUCACUGCUUGCAGAUUGUGUGUGACUGGACAGACUACGAUGAGCGGAUGAAGAAGCUGGUGAGCAUUGUGGCUGAUCAGCUGGACAAGAACCGUCUGCCGUCGGUACACCCCCACCACAGCAUGCUGUAUCCUCUGUCCCACGGCUUCCGCAAGGCCAUCGCGGAGCGUCACGGCAACCUCUGUCUCGACAAGAUUAAUGUGCUUCACAAGCCCGCUUAUGAGCACCCGAAGGACCUUAAGGCCAGUGGGGGGCGCCUGCGUGUUGGCUAUGUCAGCUCAGACUUUGGCAACCAUCCUACCUCCCACCUUAUGCAGUCCAUCCCUGGUAUGCACAACUCCGAGAAGUUUGAGGUGUUCUGUUAUGCACUUAGCCCCGACGAUGGCACAAACUUCCGUGUGAAGGUCAUGGCUGAAGCUCACCACUUCACAGACCUGUCCCAGAUCCCCUGCAAUGGGAAGGCAGCUGACAGGAUCCAUCAGGAUGGCAUUCACAUCCUGGUCAACAUGAAUGGCUACACCAAAGGAGCACGGAACGAGCUGUUCGCCCUUCGCCCUGCACCAGUCCAGUCCAUGUGGCUGGGCUACCCUGGAACCAGUGGGGCCCCCUUCAUGGAUUACAUCAUUACUGACAAGGAAACCUCUCCCCUGGAGGUGGGAGAGCAGUACUCGGAGAAGCUGGCCUACAUGCCAAACACCUUCUUCAUUGGAGACCACGCCAACAUGUUCCCACAUCUCAAGAAAAAGGCAGUAAUUGACUUCAAGUCCAAUGGGCACAUCUUUGACAACCGCAUAGUGCUGAACGGGAUUGAUCUGAAGGCCUUCCUGGACAGCCUGCCUGAUGUGAAGGUGGUAAAGCUGAAGUGUGAAGCCCAAGAGAGCACAGACAGCAACUCUGCCCUCUCCAUGCCUGUCAUUCCAAUGAAUACUGCAGCCGAGGCCAUCAUCAACAUGAUCAACCAGGGCCAGAUCCAAGUCACCAUCAAUGGCUUCACAGUCAGCAAUGGGCUAGCCACCACUCAGAUAUUUACAAUCGAGAAGGUCAAUGUAUCGGGAACUUUAGCUCUGCAGAUCAACAACAAGGCAGCAACGGGUGAGGAGGUCCCCCGCACCAUCAUCGUCACCACGCGCUCGCAGUACGGCCUGCCGGAGGAUGCCAUCGUGUACUGCAACUUCAACCAGCUCUACAAGAUCGACCCUCCCACCCUCCAGAUGUGGGCCAACAUCCUGAAGAGAGUGCCAAAUAGUGUCCUGUGGCUGCUGCGCUUCCCAGCUGUGGGCGAACCCAACAUCCAGCAGUACGCCCAGAACAUGGGUCUGCCUGCUAACCGCAUCAUCUUCUCACCCGUGGCCCCCAAGGAGGAGCAUGUGCGGCGCGGGCAGCUGGCGGACGUGUGUCUGGACACGCCACUCUGCAAUGGGCACACAACUGGCAUGGAUGUUCUCUGGGCGGGCACUCCCAUGGUCACAAUGCCAGGAGAGACCCUGGCGUCGCGUGUGGCUGCUUCCCAGCUGACAUGCCUCGGCUGCACCGAGCUCAUUGCCCCAAACCGCCAGGACUAUGAGGAUGUAGCUGUCAAGCUGGGCACCGACAUGGAAUUCCUGAAGAAGAUCCGUGCCAAGGUGUGGAAACAGCGCAUUUGUAGCCCACUCUUCAACACCAAGCAGUACACCAUGGACCUGGAGAAGCUGUACCUGCAGAUGUGGGAGCACCACGCCGCGGGGGGCAAGCCUGACCACCUCUUUAAACUGAAGCCCAUGGAGAGCAGCGAGAGCGCCUGAGCCGAGCACCGGCCCAGCCUGUACACCCUGCUGCUGCUGCAGUCUCUGCUCUGCCUUGUAAUGCAGCCCUCCCAGACCACCCUCCUCUCCCUGUGGAAGAGACUCUCCCUCUGCUGGAGCCUUCCAUCUGCAGCGUGACCCUUUUCCUGGUAGAAAAGAACUUGAUCUCCUGAGAGCUGUGGGGGGGGGAGGUCUGUCUUGUACAGCACCUUAACUGAGACUUUUCAUAUCCUGCCAUAUCCUGGGGGCUGCUGGACAAGGGAGGUUUUUUUUCUUGGUGUUCCCAGAAAGCACCAGUUUUAACAGCGGGUGUACAACUAUACUGAUCUAGUGAUUCAUAUGUGAAUCCUUGUCCGCCAAAUUGUGACUUCAGUCUUUUUUUUCUGUUUUAUCUUUUUUUUUUUGAACCAGACAUUCUGGAUUUAUAAGAAUAGAAGGAGGGAAUUACCAGGAUGUACCCGCACAGAUGAUAAAGCUUUUGUUGAAGACGAAUAAUUUGUAAAAAAAAAUCAUCUUUAAUGUGGAUACAAAGUCAUUUUUUAAUUAUUUUUUUUUCAUCAGGUGUUUCACACACACCCUUUGAAGUACAGUCAGUAUGUAGAUGAGUUGCCUUUGGUGGUUGUUUUCUGUGCAGCUCUGGCUGGAUGACGUUUUGUCACUGUUUUUGACACUCCGGCCAUAGGAACUCCUUAUAGGUCAGCAUCUGGCCUGCUGCCUGCCCUCUUGGUGUCUUUGGUCUGAACUGGCGAGCAAGGAGCGAUCUUGAUUUUGUUCUGCACAGUCCCAGUACACACACUGUACUCGAAAUGUCUCAGUCUUAACGUGAAACUGGGGGGAGGGGAUGGGUUGUGGUUCCGAUUUGGGAAUAUUGGAGAGAAAAAAAAAAACAAGCUCUUUUUUUAACCACAUGCCAACUUUUUGUGAGUGUGUGUAUGUGUGUAUUAAAGAUUUCCCCAAAUUAAUCAUUCUUUCUUCCCUAUAUACUAAGAUUUGUGCAAAAAACAACCAAUCCGUUCCAGCCAAGUAUAAUUGUGGACAAAAAUCAGUUUCUCAUUUCGGAAAGGGCAGCCUUCAUCUUACUAGAAGCAUGGCUACUCUUUUCUUUUUCUUAUCAGGAAAGGCCCAGGUAAGUAUUUUUAAGCUCUUAUUUUUUUUUACAAUUUUUAUUGAAGAUCUGUGCUGUUGUCUUGCUUACUUCUGCUUCGCUUCACCAUUGUGACUGUAGGGGAGACCUCUGCAAACGGCUCUACAUCCUAAAGGGUAUAUUCCACGGAUUACAACAUUUUGUUUUAUCUUUUAUUGUUAAAUCAAUGUUAAGAUAUCGGUUACAGGAGUCAUUUUAUGGAUUUCAUACAUUGUAUAACUGGCUCUUGUGACAUGGGGGGGAGAAAGUGGUCUAUUUUUCUUUGGUACAUUGAUUUCUGUUCAGUCACAAUCUAGUUUUUCAAAAAAGGUUCCAAAGAACGUUUGCCUGCCUUUAGGGGCACAUUGAAAACAGGCCUUUGUAUUGUGGAAGCAGUGUCCUCCAAAUUACAACAGAUGUUCACUUGUAUGUUUUGGUCAGUGUCAAAACAGUAGAUUCCUAGACUGAGAAAAGGGAAUUAUAACUCACUCUUGUGUGCCGUUUAACUGGGGCUCACAUUAGAUCAAGCAAAAACAUCACCAUAUUUAGAGACUGAAAGCAGGCCGUACUUGAGGGUUAUUUUGGUUCAUUUGAUUAUUUCUUCUACCCCUUUCCACAGUGUUGUGAAUCUUUUAAAUCUUUCAUCGUUAUUUUUCUUUUUUGACAAAUGUGAGCCGAAACAAAUGGUAAGACUUUAAAUACCACGCCAGGGCGGAGCUGUACAAUUGUAUAUCCUUCUGAGAUCUGUGUGAGACCUAUAAAAUGUCUUUUAAAAACCAAUUUACUGCUGCUGUGCUUCCUUCAAUCUGUUAGGUCUCUUGCAGUGUGGUCUUCAAUCUUACGUGCCAACUGGGCUGUUGGUACAUCACCAUCUAGAGUGCAACUAUAAAUAAACUAUUGGUUCCAAACUGA